UAUCUUUCUUAAUGUUUGCUUUCACUCAUAGAAUCAGAGAUACGUAUUAAUGCAUGAUUUAGCAGCUUGAAUUUUGCGGGCCAAGUCCUUUCACAAAUAACGCAACGACAGCAAGUUCUAGUACCUCGAUCAAACUAUUAUGGUAAUCUGUCAUAAGCACAUAGCCUGCACAUCUUGGACAAACAUGGGAGCUCUCCAGGCUGCUAUCUUGCUCAUGGCCAUCGGAUGCAGAAUAUAUGCGCAAACAUACACUGCCGACAAAUUGUAGGAUCGUGCCUGUGGCGGCACAGUAAUUGUGCGCUGUCCAUACGCCCACGGAGAAGCCGGAACCCUGUGGUUCAGUAUUAUGCCAACCAAGUUCUGCAGAGUAAAACUUACCAUGCGAACGGACUGUGGCGGAUCCGGGCUCUACAGCAUUUAUGUGAAUAUAAGGAAAUGCUACGUACCAUUAGAUUCCCAAAUGGAAAUCUACGAUCUGACGGGCGGUCGCCGCAUUCUCGGCAAAUCCUGGGGCGGCGGCAACAUGCCACAGUUUACCAACCCGACCUCCGCCGGGCAGUACCGGUCCGAUUUCGACCGGAAACCCGAAUUGUCCAUUGAAUACACUCCCUCACCAUCCUAUCCUCCCGGAGGAAUGCAUGGUGCUUACUUUGAUUACGUCAUCGUUGAACAAUCCCCAGCCGAUCACAACACAGCCUGCAGCGCCUUAAACGGCUACGUCAACACGCUCUUCAUGUGCCAUUCAAGUGACCGUGUUACCUGUCCAACCACGUAUAAGUUCCCACCCGUUUUCGACGAAAUGGAUCCCGUGAUGCAGCGCGAAACGUGCACAACGACAACAACGGCAGCCACGACAACAACAGCAGCAUCGACAACGACAACAACAACCGCCACGACAACAAGAGCGCCAAGGACCACAACAAGGACCCCGAGAUCUGGUUACGGACGUGGGUCCACUGCCACACGGAGUGGAGGAGCGGUUGCCGGCAUAGGCAUCGGAUUUGCGGCGUUCGUGGCUAUAAUAAUGAGCAUUUUAACAUGAAAAUGGUUUGUGGCAGUGUAUUCGAUUUUCUUAAACUGACUGAACUCCAGAUUCGAUGUAAUGUAAUGUGUAAAAGCAUUAAA